UCUCAUCGUAUCCCGGUGUUCUCUUAUAGUAUUUAGUUGCUACAUAUUUAUAUAUACACCAACACCAACUCACCAAGCACUUAAUUUACAGAAACACGGAAAUGAUGUGGUUUCUCAUCUUCAUCCUCUCCCUCUUCAUCGCUUUCCUCCUCAAAUCUCUUCUCUUUCUCUCGAAACCCUCGGCCAAACUCGACGGUACUAUUCUACCGCCAGGACCCACCUCGAUUCCCAUAAUCGGAAACUUCAUAUGGCUCUUCAAACUGACCUCCAGAAUCGAACCCAUCCUUCUUGACCUCCACGCCAAGUACGGCCCCAUCGUCUCUCUCCCCAUCCCCUUCAGCUCUCACCCCGCCAUUUUCAUCAACGACCACUCACUCGCCCACCAAGUCUUGGUCCAAAACGGAGCAGUCUGUUCGGACCGCCCUCCUCCCCAGCCCAUCACCAAGCUCAUCACUAGUGACAACCGUGUCAUCUUCAGCAGUGGCUACGGCCCAACAUGGCGUCUCCUCCGCCGAAACCUCAUGUCCGAGGUUCUGAACCCUUCUCGGCUCAAGUCCUACGCUUCCUCCCGCAAAUGGGCCUUGGACAUCCUCACCAACCGUCUCGAUCAGUCCGUAUGGUCCAACGGACCAGUCGUCGAAGUUUUAGACCAUUUUCGAUUCUCCAUAACUUCUUUGUUCGUGGAUAUGGUGUUUGGUGAGAAGGUGGAGGAUGAGGCGAAGAUGAAAGAAAUUGCUGAUGUGCAGCGUCGCUUUAUGUUCGGUUUGGUCAGAGGUUUCCAGACCCUAAACUUGGGACCGAGAUGGUUGAACAAGAUUUUGUUCCGUAAGGGUUGGAAUCAGUUCAACGAAAUUCGACAGCAACAAAAGCACCUCCUGCUUCCAUUCAUACGGGCACGAAAGAAGGUGGUGGUGAAACAAGAAAUGGUAGAUAAGAACAGCGAUGAGUUCACAAUAGCAUAUGUUGAUACAUUAAUGGAUUUAGAAGACCCCCGCGAGAAGAGAGCCUUCAAUGAAGAAGAACUAAUGCAUCAAUGCUCGGAGAUUUUGAAUUCCGGCACGGACACCAUGUCCAUAACAUUGCAGUGGACCAUGGCGAAUGUAGUGAAAUACCCACGUGUUCAGAAGAGGCUUGUUGAAGAUAUUAAAAAGGUUGUGGGUGUUGAAAAAUUAGAGCUGAAAGAUGAGGAUCUUCAGAAGAUGCACUACCUAAAAGCGGUGGUGAUGGAGGCUCUAAGGCUUCACCCACCAGGCCACUACGUGGUGCCACACACGGUUACAGAGGACAUUAUUCUGGCUGGACGUUAUACGCUGCCAAAGAACUGUACUGUGAAUUUUAUGGUGGCCGAAAUUGGUCGAGACUCGAGUGUGUGGGACGAGCCCAUGGAGUUUAAACCUGAAAGGUUUAUGAAAGAUGGAGGUAACGUACAAUGUGAUAUAACAGGGAGCAAGGAAAUUAUGAUGAUACCGUUUGGGGCGGGUAGGAGGAUUUGUCCGGGAUUGGGUUUGUCAAUGCUUCUUUUGGAGUAUUUGGUGGCAAAUCUGGUUUGGAAGUACGAGUGGGAGGCUGUGGAUGGAGUUGGUGUUGAUUUGACUGAGAGACAAGAGGCCACCUGGGUAAUGAAGAAUCCACUACAGGCUCAAAUAUCCCCAAGGUUGAACAAAUGAGAAGGAACUAUCAGUUGAUUCUGUAUUAAACGAUUUCACCACUUCGAUCUACUUUACUCAUUUGAUGUCAAUUUUCGAUUUGACAACACCAGCAUAUAUUUAUCAACUUCAACAUCUCUAUCAUC